UUAUAAAACUCUCUCUCUCUCUCUCUCUCUCUCUCAUGUGCUGACUGUACUUCGUUCUAUAUAUAGGUUAAAUAUAUUAAGUGAUCUCUUGAACUCAAAAAAUAUUGGGACAUUAAUUGCUUUACCACCUGCAUUCCACUUACCCUCUUCCGUUCACAAACUCUAGCACGGCAGUGUCACCAGCAACAAUACAAAGAAUUGCCUCGGCAAUCUACACCGGCUCGGAAAACGAUUGUUUCAGGAUAGUAAGAUAAGCCCAGAUUCUUUAUCUUUCCGACCUGUCACCAUAUUUGCGCAUUCGGUACAACAAUUAUCGUCAGAUGAUUAAAUGCCCUUAAUAGUACGCGAUCUCUAUUGCUUACACAAUAGUACAGUGGCCCAACUCAGGAAUCCCGAUCACUUAACUGACCAGAGGAUUGAUAUCUAUAAUGGGUAUCAGUCUUUUGUUCAAUAAAUUCUACAAUUUAUCGGCGUGGACGACUCCGUUUUCAUCCUCAAACCAUCUUCUGAAUGCCUUCCAGGGUUUGCCCAUAUUGGAACUGUCGUCAAUUUGCAUAAACUUGACGUUGUUUCUUGUGUUUCUCUUCAUUGUAUCGGCACGGCAUAUAUUAAUAUGCGUUGGUCGAAUUCGGGUUCUCAAGGACGACUCAAAUGCAAAUUCAGUUCAACUCAGGCACAGAGUCGAUGGUGAAAUUCAGUGUACCGAAAUUGGUAGGGGCUAUAUAGCUUCAGUUUUUUGUUGCUUCUAUGUUCUGUUUUUGCAAAUAUUGGUAUUGGGUUUUGAUGGUGUUGGUUUGAUAAAAGAGGCUGCGCAAGGGAAGGGUACAAAUUGGACCCUCCUACUCUUGCCUGCAGCUCAGGGUUUAGGUUGGUUUGUGUUCAGUUUUUCAGCUCUUUAUUGUAAAAUCAAGGCCUCUGAGAAAUUCCCGUUGUUGCUUAGGGUAUGGUGGGUUGUGUCUUUUACACUUUGUUUGUGUACUUUGUAUGCUGAUGGGAAAGGAUACGUAGUAGAAGGCCCAAAAUAUUUUAGAAGUUCUCAUGUUUUGUCAAAUUUUGCCGCAACCCCAGCUCUUGCAUUUCUGUGUUUUGUUGCCAUUAGAGGUGUCACAGGUAUAAAAGUUUGUAGGAACUCUGAUCUUCAAGAGCCAUUGUUGCUCGAAGAAGAUGCAGGGUGUCUUAAGGUUAGCCCUUAUAGUGAAGCUGGUCUUCUUAGUUUGGCUACUCUCUCCUGGUUGAACCCACUUCUUUCAAUCGGUGCAAAGAGACCACUUGAGCUGAAAGACAUUCCACUUCUUGCAACGAAAGAUCGUUCCAAGACCAAUUAUAAGAUCUUGAAUUCGAAUUGGGAGAAGUUGAAGGCUGAAAACCCUUUGAAGCGGCCUUCUUUAGCAUGGGCCAUUCUCAAAUCUUUCUGGAAGGAGGCAGCUUGUAAUGCAAUUUUUGCAGGGCUGAAUACUCUGGUUUCAUAUGUUGGUCCAUACAUGAUUAGCUACUUUGUUGAUUACUUAGUGGGGAAAGAGACUUUCCCUCAUGAGGGGUAUAUUCUUGCUGGAACAUUAUUCGCAGCAAAGUUGGUGGAGACUUUAACAACCCGGCAAUGGUAUCUUGGGGUCGACAUUUUGGGAAUGCAUGUGAGAUCAGCUCUCACUGCAAUGGUGUAUCGGAAGGGACUCAGGCUCUCGAGCUCAGCUAGGCAAAGCCACACCAGUGGAGAGAUUGUUAACUACAUGGCAGUUGACGUUCAGAGAGUGGGGGACUACUCUUGGUAUCUCCAUGACAUAUGGAUGCUUCCUUUGCAAAUUAUUCUUGCCCUUGCCAUUCUGUAUAAGAAUGUUGGGAUUGCUUUUGUGGCCACACUGAUUGCCACCAUUGUCUCCAUUGUUAUAACUGUUCCACUGGCGAGAGUUCAGGAAGAUUACCAAGACAAAUUAAUGGCUGCCAAGGAUGAUCGAAUGAGGAAGACUUCUGAAUGUCUGAGAAACAUGAGGAUUCUCAAGUUGCAAGCUUGGGAAAAUAGGUAUCAAGUGAUGCUGGAGGAAAUGCGGAGUGUGGAAUUCAAAUGGCUCAGGAAAGCUCUUUAUUCGCAGGCUUUUAUUACUUUUAUUUUCUGGAGCUCCCCUAUUUUUGUUUCAGCUGUCACUUUUGGCACUUGCAUAUUAUUGGGUGGUCAGCUUACAGCAGGAAGUGUGCUUUCUGCACUAGCUACUUUCAGGAUCCUCCAAGAACCGCUUAGAAAUUUCCCUGACUUGGUGUCGAUGAUGGCUCAGACAAAAGUGUCUCUCGAUCGUAUUUCAGGGUUCCUGCUGGAGGAAGAGUUGCAGGAAGAUGCAACCGUCAUUUUGCCUAGAGGCAUCACGAGUUUGGUGAUAGAAAUUAAAGAUGGUGAGUUCUGCUGGGAUCCUUCUUCACCACAGUCAACAUUAUCAGGUAUAAAUAUGAAAGUAGAGAGGGGGAUGCGUGUGGCUGUCUGUGGCAUGGUUGGUUCAGGGAAAUCAAGCUUUCUUUCUUCAAUCCUUGGUGAGAUUCCGAAAAUCUCUGGCGAAGUUAGAAUAUGUGGCUCUGCAGCUUAUGUCUCUCAGUCAGCUUGGAUACAGUCUGGAAAUAUCGAGGAAAAUAUUCUUUUUGGUAGCCCAAUGGACAAGGCAAAAUACAAGAGUGUUAUUCAUGCUUGUUCACUAAAAAGAGAUUUGGAGCUUUUCUCACAUGGAGAUCAGACUAUUAUUGGUGAUAGAGGCAUCAAUCUGAGUGGUGGCCAGAAGCAACGUGUGCAGCUUGCCAGGGCACUCUAUCAAGAUGCAGACAUUUAUUUACUUGACGAUCCCUUCAGUGCCGUUGAUGCACACACUGGCUCCGAAUUAUUCAAGGAAUACAUACUGACAGCGCUUGCCACCAAGACUCUGAUUUUUGUAACCCAUCAAGUUGAAUUCCUGCCAGCUGCUGAUAUGAUACUGGUCCUCAAGGAAGGUCGCAUCAUUCAGGCUGGGAAAUACGAUGAACUUUUGCAAGCUGGAACUGAUUUCAAUACUUUGGUUUCAGCUCACCACGAAGCAAUUGAAGCUAUGGAUAUUGUCAAUCACUCAUCUGAAGAUUCAGAUGAUCAUCAGCCCUUUGACGGAUCUGUUCUAUCGAGUAAAAAAUGUAAUUCGAUUGGAAAUAAUAUUGACAGUUUGGCAAAGGAAGUGCAAGAGGUUGCCUCAGCUUCAGAUCUGAAAGCAAUUAAAGAUAAAAAAAAAGCAAAACGUUCUCGGAAAAAGCAGAUUGUUCAGGAAGAGGAACGUGAGAGAGGACGAGUUAGCAUGAAAGUGUACUUGUCGUAUAUGGCUGCAGCUUAUAAAGGCUUAUUGAUUCCACUGAUUAUUAUUGCGCAGACACUAUUUCAGAUACUGCAGAUAGCUAGUAAUUGGUGGAUGUCGUGGGCUAAUCCACAAACUGAAGGGGACCAACCUAAAACAAGUAAUAUGGUCCUUAUUGUUGUUUAUAUGGCCCUCGCUUUUGGAAGCUCUUGGUUCAUAUUUGUUAGGGCUGUUCUGGUAGCUACAUUUGGUUUAGCGGCUGCUCAGAAAUUGUUUUUGAAAAUGCUUACAACUGUGUUUCGAGCGCCAAUGUCGUUCUUUGAUACUACUCCUGCAGGGCGGAUUUUGAAUCGUGUAUCAGUUGAUCAAAGUGUUGUUGAUCUUGAUAUUCCUUUUAGACUUGGUGGGUUUGCUUCAACCACAAUCCAGCUUCUUGGUAUAGUUGGUGUAAUGACACAAGUUACCUGGCAAGUCUUGCUACUUGUUGUACCUAUGGCGAUUGCUUGCUUGUGGAUGCAGAAAUACUACAUGGCUUCGUCAAGGGAACUGGUUCGCAUUGUUAGCAUUCAGAAAUCGCCAAUCAUCCAUCUUUUUGGGGAGUCAAUCGCUGGAGCAGCCACAAUAAGAGGAUUUGGCCAAGAAAAGAGAUUCAUGAAGAGGAACCUCUAUCUUCUAGACUGUUUUGCCCGUCCAUUUUUCUGCAGUAUUGCAGCUAUUGAAUGGCUCUGCCUUCGUAUGGAGUUACUCUCAACAUUUGUAUUUGCUUUCUGCAUGGUUUUACUUGUCAGCUUCCCACAUGGAACUAUUGAUCCGAGUAUGGCAGGCCUUGCUGUGACAUAUGGACUUAAUUUGAAUGCGCGUCUAUCACGGUGGAUACUUAGCUUUUGCAAGCUUGAAAACAAAAUUAUUUCCAUAGAAAGGAUUCAUCAAUACUGUCAAAUCCCCAGUGAAGCUCCACCAGUUAUUGUGGAUUCUCGUCCCCCUCCCUUAUGGCCAGAGAAAGGAGCAAUAGAUCUGAUUGAGUUGAAGGUUCGGUACAAGGAGAAUCUUCCUGUGGUGCUCCAUGGUGUAACUUGUUCAUUUCCAGGGGGGAAGAAGAUAGGAAUCGUCGGGCGUACUGGAAGUGGUAAAUCUACUUUGAUUCAGGCACUGUUCCGAUUGAUUGAACCAGCUGGUGGCAGAAUUAUCAUAGACAACAUAGAUAUUACAACCAUUGGUCUUCAUGACCUUCGCAGCCGUCUGAGUAUCAUUCCUCAAGAUCCAACCCUAUUUGAAGGGACCAUUAGGGACAACCUUGAUCCCCUUGGGGAGCAUUCAGAUCAAGAAAUUUGGCAGGCUCUUGACAAGUCUCAGCUUGGAGAGACUGUUCGCCGAAAAGAGAAAAAACUCGACACACCAGUUCGUGAAAAUGGAGAUAAUUGGAGCGUGGGACAACGGCAGCUUGUUUCCCUGGGUCGGGCCUUACUCAAACAGGCAAGAAUUCUAGUGCUUGAUGAAGCUACGGCCUCAGUUGAUUCAGCCACAGAUAAUCUUAUCCAGAAGAUUAUCCGGACAGAGUUUAAUGACUGCACUGUUUGUACCAUUGCUCAUCGUAUCCCAACUGUUAUUGACAGCGACCUGGUUCUGGUCCUCAGUGAUGGCCGAGUUGCAGAGUUUGAUACUCCGCAACGACUAUUAGAGGACAAGUACUCCAUGUUCUUGAAGUUGGUAACAGAAUACUCAUCAAGGUCUAGUGGCAUACCUGAUAUCUAAAUUGAAUGACACGCGUGAUAUUUUCAACCUGAGAGCCAGGAGGCAGAGGACUAUCCUGAAAACCAAAUUGACUGAUGCUGCUCCCUCUUGCUGCUGCUUCAUUCGGCAUAAGAGGAAUGAGAAGGAAAGAGGUGUGUGGCACGUUAUCAAAUUUACUCCCCUAUAAGAAGGGAAGUAGUUUCAACCUCAAGUGGCUCUGGGAUAAUUCUUUUCCCUUUUUAGCAUAAUUCGAGAAUUCAAGAAUUGCUGGCAUAAUCUGUAACAUGAAAUAAGUUGGUGGAGAUGGGAUUGUCAAUAAUUACACCAAAAUGUUGGGCAGCGAUUUGUAUUUGGCGAUAACAAUAGAAUAGGUUUUAAGUUUUCUUUGAAGAGCAGGUGUUCUAAUUUUGUUACAGUUUUGUUGUUUUAGCCAGUGUUUGUUCCACUGUUCCAUCUGAACAAGUAUAUACUCCACAAAUGUUAGAACUAAUUCCUUUGCUUUUCCAUGUCACUCUUUCCUGAUAUCUUGGUUGUUUUUGCAUUACCCUCUUAAUAUAAUCUUAGUUACAAUCCUGUCAGUGGGAAGAGUCUGUUGGCAUUCAUAAUAACACUUGGGUUCAACUGUUAUUUGAGCAGAG